AUGUCUUCCUCAAAUUUCUUCACAACUAUUACCAUCUCACUAACCUUAGCUCUCAUUCUCCAUUCAUCUUUUGCAUUCAAUAGCCCUCUCUCCUACAUUUGUUCAACCACUGAAAAUUUCACAUCUUCCACUCCUUAUGAAUCAAACUUAAAAACACUCGUCAAUUCGCUUAUCUACAAGACACCUUCAACAGGUUUUGGUGUUGGAUCAGUCGGUCAGACUCAAUACCAAAACCAACGAGCAUAUGGGCUCUCUCUUUGUCGUGGCGAUGUCUCAACCUCAGAAUGCAAAACUUGUGUUUUAGAAGCUACCAAAGAAAUUCAAAAUCUUUGUCCAUACAAUAAGGGUGCCAUUAUAUGGUACGAUAAUUGCAUGUUCAAGUACUCGGACAUUGAUUUCUUUGGCAAAAUUGAUAAUUCAAGCAAGUUCUCUUUAUUAAAUGUACAAAGUGUUAAUGAUCCUAUCAAAUUCAACAGCGUGACUAAGGACUUAUUGAGCCUACUUGCUUAUGAGGCUUAUAUGGAUAAGAAAAUGUAUGCGAAUGGAGAGUUGAAGAUUGGAGAAUCAGAGAGAGUUUAUGGACAAGCUCAAUGCACUAGAGAUCUUUCUAGUGUUGAUUGUAAGAAGUGUCUUGAUGACGUAAUUAGUGAACUUCCAAAUUGUUGUGAUGGAAAAAAAGGAGGAAGAGUUGUUGGUGGAAGUUGUAACGUGCGAUAUGAAAUUUACUCGUUUGUUAGGGAGUAA